CUUUUUUUUCUUAAUUUUACAGCAAAUCCGAUUAUUUAUAAUAUUUUAUCAACAAAAUUCCGUCGUUCAUGUCGACGUUUACUUCAAAUUCAUCGUUCAAUAAGUUUUGGAACAAAUUCUUCACGUAAAACAAGUAUAACAUCUUAUUUAUAUUUAAGUAUAUAUAAAAAUCGUCAUCGACAAAGCAGUUUACAAAAUACCCAACAACAAUAUCCAUAUAAUCAUCAUCAAAAAUUUAAUUUAAUACGUGCUCAUUAUGAUAGUGAUAAUCGAGAUUUAGUUACAGUUGGAAAUAAUGAAGAUAUAUUUAUUCCAACAUUUCAAGUAUUAAAUGAAGACGAAAAUGAAAAUAUUGUUCAUUCGUAG